ACUUUACCAUACAUAAAACAAAAUCAUUGCAUGGUAUAGGUGUGUACGUGUUUUUCCGCCUCACUAUUAUCAAUGACUGAUAUAGCAUACAUGUGGUACAUGUAAUAGUAACACACUGAAGGGAACCAGUCCUCAACACUAGCAGAACGGAUUUGAUGCACACUGAAGAAGGGUCACCUUCCAGACUGAUGUGCCGUGCGCAAAGAGUUGAUGAAAACUCCCUCCAUAUGAAAUCUUGAACCAACUCUUUACCAAUUUGGACUGUAAUUGAUUUGCGAUGGCUUUCUGUAGAAACGUCUGUUCAAGGAUCACCCGAAGGAAACCUCUUUACAGCGACGAAAAGCUCUUUGAGACGCCCUUGAAACGGUCUCUGGGCACUUUCCAGCUCUGCAUCAUGGGUAUGGGAGCCAUGUUUGGGUCUGGUCUGUACGUACUUACAGGGGUCCAGGCUAAGGAGGUCACCGGACCGGCUAUUAUACUAUCCUACGUCAUUGCUGCAGUUGCUGCAACACUGUCGGCCAUGUGCUACGUGGAGUUCGCUUGCCGGAUCCCCCGCACAGGUUCAGCCUACACCUUUGCCUACAUCUCCCUAGGAGAACUGUGGGCUUUCGUCAUCGGGUGGGACUUGAUUCUGGAAUACGUCAUCACCGCUGCAGCCUUGGCAUCGUCAAUAACGGGCUACAUGGACAACCUGACAGGGUACGCCUUCAGGAACUUUACUGUAGAAGUCUUAAUGGACGGUCAGUUGUGGGAUGUUCCUUUUAUAGCACCAUAUCCGAAUGUAUUCGCUCCUGUCGCGGUAAUUGUGGUCACUCUGUUUGUGAUUAUGGGAGCUGAUGUAUCAUCGUGGGUCACCGCCAUCUGCAUGACCGUAAACUUUGGCGUCAUCGCCGUAAUCGUCGUCAUGGGUUUCAUGAAUGCUGAUAUCAGCAACUGGGAAGACUACGGCGGGUUUGUUCCGUACGGAACUUCGGGCGUGAUCGCCGGGGCGGCCACGCUCUUCUUCUCGUUCGUCGGUUUCGACGCCAUAGCGAUGGCCAACGAGGAGACGGUGAACCCUAGGCAGAGUAUCCCGAGGGCUACCGUUAUAGCUAUCCUGUUCACCGCCAUCUGCUACAUCCUUGCAUCCGCUGUCCUCACCCUGGUCGUGCCCUACACGGAGCUGGAUGAACUGUCGGCGUUCGCCAGUGUCUUCCAGGCACGUGGGAUCGAGUGGGCGAGGUGGGUGGUGGGUGUGGGUGCUCUUUGUGCCAUGUUUUCAGCCCUUGCGAUGAAUCUCUACUGCACCCCAAGAUCAAUAUACGCCAUGGCAUCCGACGGUCUGCUCUUUAGUUGCCUCAGCACUGUCAAUAGCUAUUUCCGUGUCCCAAUUUAUGCCACUCUAUUCGCUAUGUUUUUUGUGACCAUACCCGCUACGUUCGUUCCUCUACCCGAACUUGUUGAAUUCAUCUCCAUCGGUGUGCUCUUUGGAUACGCCUUUGUAGCAGGUGCCAUGAUCCUGCUCCGGUACGGACCAGAUAUCCUGAGAGAAGAUUCUGAGGACGGACUGGAAAUGCCCUCCUUGGGACAACAAGCUCCGGACGCUACUAACCAACGGGCUGUUGAUGAUAAUUCCGCGCUCUUGGACACCACAUCCGCACACACUCCUGGGGCCCUGAAACAUCGGUUUCGUUCAACGCCUCUCCUACGCGAACUCGGGCGCUUUGACCCAGGGUCGACUGUCAUGGUCAGCCUCCUAUGUUCGGUGUUCUUCACAUUCUGCACCUUAGCCCUCGCAGAACACGCUACCAAGGAACUCGCAGCUGGUGAAUGGUGGGUGAUUCUGCUUCUCAUCUUGUUUAGUUUCUGCGCCGUCGGGACGUUUCUGAUCAUCCCUCUUCAUUAUCAGAACAGAGAUACAGGAGAAUACUACCGGGUUCCUUGGGUUCCUCUCAUUCCUUGGCUUAGCAUUGUGUGUAAUAUAGUACUCAUACUAAAACUCCGGGAAGUCACGUUGUUACGUUACCUGAUCUGGCUGGUAGCCGGUCUAACCAUCUACUCGAUAUAUGGAUACCGGCACAGCAAACUUGGGAGGAGCCUGCAACGAAAUGAUAGUCCGGAAGAACAUCGCUCUGACGAGGGAGCAGCUGGAAGUAGCGCCACCUACAUGUCUGUGUAUACCAAUUAAACGUUCACGCACACACACACGCACACAUACACAAACACACACACACACACACACACGUACACAAACGCACAGAUAUUUACACAACAACCAGGACUGCACACUUACGUAUUGGUAAAUUAAAAAAGAAGAAGCAAUAAUUAAGAUACUCCGUACAAGAAUGUAAUAUAUUUACAGAUUUUAGCCCUUAGGGCUUUAUCAAGUAAUGAUUUUAUUACAGUUUGAAAUUGUUAUGCGUCAAUACACACACACGGAUGCACACACGCAUAUAAUAUACAUAAUGAGACAUUUAUAAUGCGUAACUUAUCAACCAGAUGGUGCUCAAGGCGCUUACGAAACAAAUG